AUGUCUUUCCUUCAUGGUGUUUUAAGUAACAUUAAGCCUAAAUUAGGCCAGCAUAAAGGCACUUUAACUAGCGCACUUACAUCACUUAAAGACACAAAUAAUAAUGGUAUUACUAAAUACAAGGCGGCGGUAGCCGAGGUGGCCAGUGGUGUACAUACAUAUAAUGAGAGUGUUAGUAAGUCGAAUGAGAGUGUGAAAAGUGUUAUUACUAUGUUGCGUGAUAGUGUUGGACAGACUUUAACAGAUAAGUUGAAUGCCAUAAAUGAAAAUAAUGUUUCUCAGGACGCUGACCUUUCGAGUGCUGCGGAGGCUGCCAAGGCCUUGGUCAAGGAGUACGCCUCUAAAGGUGAGGAUUUCAACAACGGCUUCCAUAAUAGAGUACAAAAGUACAGAGGUUUUAAAGCUGAGGUGAAACCUAAAGAAGAAUACAUGGACUUGAAUUCUGAAUUAAGACAAAAACUCGACAAUGUGAGAAAUAUAAUUUCCUAUGAAGCUACAAGGCUUAGUACUUUGUCCGCCACGGAGCACAGAAAUCUGGAAGAGAUUAUUGAAAGAAUUAAAGAGACGUGUCAUUCGCUAAAUAGGUGCGUGAAUGAUAAAAUUAGAAUAGAUGUUAGAAAGCUAGUUGAGCAGUUGAAUAAAAAGGUUCAAGAGAUUUUGAAACAGCUUAAGAAAAUUAAUGAGACGCUUGUCGGCUAUGUUACUACGUUACAAAAAUGGAUUAGAGAGGCGGACGAAAUUAUUGAGCAAGUGAUGAAGGAGACAAAGAAGAUUGAAGACAAGCAUAUUGGUUUAGUAAAUCAGGAUGCCAUCAGGGAGAAAGCAAAAGAGUUGGGCACAAGAAAAAAGAGUCUGGACGAGUAUAUUAACAGCGUGAAGAGUAGUCUCGGCAAUUUGGCGUCUACAGCUACGAAGCAAGUUAAAGCUUUGGAAGACGUUUAUAAGAAUAAAUUGUUGGCGAUUACGCAGGCGGUGGAGAAAGUUCCGGAGGCGGUUCAUGCGCUUGCAGGAAAGUUUACUGGUCUUAGAGGCGACGUUCCGAAGAACAUUGAUGGGAUUUUUGAAAAAAUUAGAGAAAAGGCAGCGCAAAUUAAAGGCUCCGGAACGCCACUAUUUUUAGGAUUCGAGGCAAUUAAAGAGGCGGUUGAGGACUACGCCAAUGAUUUCAAGAGUUUUGAAGAUAAAGUUUUAGCUAAGUGGGUGGAGAACAUUUUGGGGAACAAUGCUAAGGUGAGACAGUGGAUUGAAUGGUGUGGCCAGGCCAUUGGUGCCAAUUUUAAAAAUCCUUAUAACGGUCAAGGCGAGAAUGCAGUUAUGACGCAGCUUACUAAGAAAAUCGCGCGGCAAAUUAUGGAGCAAGUUGACGAGAAAGGCGAUAUCAAAGGAGCUCAGGCUGCGGUUGGUGCCGCAGAUGAUGACGACUCAGGCAAAACAGAAAUCGAAAAGGCUGUCGAAGCUGUGCAACUUGUUUGCAGUACGUUCGCCGAUCGAUUUGAUGAGAAACUUGAGCCAGGGAUAAUCGACAAGCUUAUUCAACCAGUAGGCACAGCGAUGGCUACACAGUUGGGGGGUGAAUAUUCGGAAGAACAUGCCAAAGGAUUUUUCGACUGGGCCGCCCGUUAUAUGCUACACCAACUUGCCGGCGCCGCUAGAGGAGCGGCCGCCGAACUUCACUCUUUAAUUCUUGAGACUCGACCGUUAGGCUCGGAAAACGACAUCGCAGAGAAAAUAGAAGAGGCGCAUAGGAAAGCUGAGACACUUCACAGUCAGCUUGGGCAGGCGACUGGACAACCGGCUGGCGGCAAAACUAACUUUGCCCUCGAAGUCGACUCCGCAAUCAGCCAAGUGCAGACGCAGGUACAGCAUAUUACCGGCCCAGCUGACAAAGUAAACUUAGGAUCCAACGAAAUCAGCGGAAAACGCGACGCCGCCUACAACCCCCUCGAGCAAGCGAUCACUUCCAUUGAAGGCUAUUCUGACAAGGGACUUGACGUCUCACUGACCACAAAAGCCCUUGAAUCUCUUUCCACCGGUAUCCAAUCCAACCUUGAAGCUCUCCAAAAGGCGAUGACGGAGACUGGCAAAUCUAUAAAUGAGAAAUUAAAGCAGCUCAAAGAUGACAAGAUCGGCAAGAAAGAACAAGGCGUCACGGUUAACGACGGGACUCUCCAAAAAAUUCACGAUGAUAUUCUCAAAUUGCUGGGUGGCGAUUUGGACAAAACCAUAAAAGAGACAGAAGAAUUAUUAAAAGUCGCCGAGCGAGAAGGGGAUACAACAAUUGAACAUUUAAGAUCCCACGUCAACUCCGAAGUUCAAAAGACCAUCGAGAAACUCACCACCCAGGCCAACAAGAAUUACGUGACGUCAGUCAAAGAGAUGCUGAAGGCCUUUGCUAGCAGGGUUCAAAAGAUACUGCAGCAUUUGCCUAAGGAUAUCGACACCGACCGCAGGGAGGGCUUUAAAGGUUUUAUGAGAACCAUUGAAGGCAGAAUUGACGGAAAUAAUACGACGCAGGAUCACAUUAAUUUGCUCAAAGAUCUUGCAAGUGAGUCCACUGACACAGCUGAGCAGAAGAAACAAGCGCUCGAAAAAACGUCCAUCUCUUUCCUUAGCUUCAUUACUCACAUUAUGCAAUACGUUAGGGAACAAGAAAAGGGAGACGGCGGACACGCCGGCGACGUAAAAUCCCUUUCAUUGCUCUCUCAUACAUUGUUCCAAGAUCUCUACGCUUCGAAACAUUUCGAUCCUAAAUUUUUCGAAAACCUAGAUAGACUAAAAAAUAUGAUUAGUAAAUUUGCACCUAAAACGUUCGGCGAGGGCAAGAGCCCUUUGCUGCUGGAGACUCUGAGAGCUGGCUUCCCAGCUUUGGUAUCAGAGUUGGGAAAGGCCUACUUAAACGUGUACGAGGAUUCUCCGCCAAUCACUCAGUGGCUUACUAAGGUCACUGACACUGACAAGUCGAAGUCCAGCGACGCUGUUCCCGAGGCCCCCAAAUACAAGUUGACGCCGGACGGUAUGAAUGGUGCUAAAAUCAUGCUCACCAUCACUCCCAUCGUGUCCGACGCAUUAGGUGACCUUAAAGAAAAACUUGAAAAUAAACAUAACUGGAAAGACUAUAAAAUAUAUAAUUCCGAGAAAUCUCGCCAUAGCCUUCACAGACUUUUCUUUAAAGAGAACGGUUACGAUCCUGGUCUACCUGAAAAGGCUAUGCACGGUGAACUGAAUCAUAAGACUGAGUGCGAUGGCAAUCGCAUUCUUGGUCAUCUAACCACCGGUAAAAAUAUACUAUUUAGUUCAAACUCCGCUCGCAUUGCCGGUGCGUCGUCGUCUCUUGACAAUGAUGAUGAGCUGACCGUUGACUAUAUUAAAGAGGGCGGUUUAAUUCCAGAUCUUUUCGCCUACCUUGAGAGUUACUUUGCAGUAGGUCACAUAGCCACUUCCUUCUCCAAGAGGGCACCAUGCUCAGUGUACGAGCAGUUAGUUUGGCUCACCGGGCUCCCGCACAAUCCUGUAUACGUUAAGUUACCUAAGCACGUCACAUCGCUGUUCGAAGUGCCAGAUAAAAACAACCCGUCUGAGAAAAUCUAUAACUCCAUUGACGCCUCUCCUACAAAAAUUACAGAUGCCUUGACGAUUGAAGCUAUUGAUGAAAUAUGCGGUAAAGCAUACGCCGUGUUGACCACUGUCGUUGGCACCGGUGACGCUGAGUGCGGGUAUGCCUGUGAGUUCCCGAGCAAUUCGUUGGGUCUACAGUAUCCGUCUAAUCCAGCGCAGUGCUUUGAAACGCUCCUUGACAUCCUUCGCCGCCUGUUCCCUCCGCUGAAAUUCCUGUUCACUCAAUGCGGUACGCCGGCGUCUGAACAUGGUUGGUUGCGGUGCCAGUACGGCAAGGAUGUCAAGUCAACCAAAUCGCAAUGCAACGAGCAUACCAAACAGGGAACCAAAGAGCCAACCAAAUGCCUACCCAAAUCGCCCCUUCAGUCGUAUCUAAGUGACAGUUUAAUCGGACACCUUCCACAUAACUUGUCCUCUAUCGGCUGCCAAGCGAAAUGUGCCACCUGCCCUGGCGGUAUACCAGGGAUGCCCUGUCUGACUCCCCUUGGCUUCCGGGGGUUCUCUGGUUCCACCAAAACAGGGGCGUACUUGUCCUCCGUCAUCGGGGAAUUAUUGGAAAUAAGAAAUGUUUAUACACUGUUUGGUCUUGCACCCAAAACGCCACGGACGUUGCCAGAGCACUUCGAAUUUGCGUCCGCUCUUGUGCGCGGGUGGCAUGAUGGCAAAACGUAUCAUAAGGUUUACUUCCAAAAAUCCUUCGAGGACUCGGCUACGAAGCUGUCCAUUAGUCUGUAUGAGGAAGCUAACAAACUUACAGAUGCGCUUCGUGAUGCCUACGGUUCUGAAUCAGUUGGCCAUUCCGAAUGCCAGGAUCCCCAUCUGUUGAAUCUUACAGCUUUUAACACGUGUAACAAAAAUAAUCACUGCGCUCCGUAUCUGUCAUCACUCUGCGGAGGUUACUACACGUGUCUACCAUUUAAGAAUUCUAACACGUAUUUGUCAUGGGCCAUUUACCUCCCAUGGACAUUCUGGGAUCUACUAAACCAUUUAUAUAACGCUUUCUGUGGAAUCACUUGUGCAGACUGGGGAUGCCGCGGAUGUCUCAGAGGAGACAAGUGCAAGAGCGGCAAGCACGGCGUCGUUGAAGAUGAGAAGAAAGCAGAUGCCACGUGUCAGUGUGAUUCCAUAGUGAAAUGCAGAGGCGUGGCACCUACGCUCUACCAGUACGGAUUCAGCUUCGGCGAGGCGUCGACGUUGAAUGGUGGUAAGACGCCGAAGAAGUGUAAGGAUUUCUGCAGUCAGUUGAAGAAAGUGCUAAAAUCAGAAUAUUUCCAGGAUCUGUUCAAGGAGUGCGAUAAUUUCCUGAAAGAAAUCAGAUUCCCCUUCAUGUCAUUAUUGCUCGCCCUCUGGUCGCUGUCGCUCCUGUACCUGCUGCACAUCGCCGUCGUCCGCCUCGACGUGCUGAGGAUACGCUCACACCUGAGAUCACCCUCAAGCCACCGCAUCGCCGCACAGUCCCUCCUCGCCGCCGCACGCGUUGGGAAAAUAGUCAACGUCAAGUACUUCUCACCAUAA